AUGGCGCCGCACCUCUCGGCGGGGGGCCGCAAGCGCAAGGUUAAAAAACCCGAGGCUGAGCGGCGGCGACGAGCCCGCAUCGCCGUGGCGGUGGAGCGGCUACGGACGAUGAUGAUAGAGGAGGGCGCCGCGCCGCCCCCCUGCACGCCGCCACACCUGCACCACCUCUCCCUCGCCCCCAGGCAGAGGCCGUGGCAGCGGCUGGAGAAGGUGGUGGUGCUGGAGCUGACGGUGUCCCAUCUGCGGCGCCUCGCCGCCCACCAGCCAGGUGAGGCCUUCGUCAUCAGUGAUUAUCAUAGUGUAGCCAGACACACUGGCCACUUGUGUUCGACGGGACAGAGGCAGCGUCUUAGCGCAUCAUCUUCCACAGGGGACGGGCGGCAGCAGUUCCGUGAGGGUUACCGACGGUGCCAGGAGGAAGUGUUGAAGUUUCUGGGGAGCAUCGCGGCCGUCCAGCCCCACGCGGCGGCCAGGUUGCGGCAACAACUCUUCCUGACAUCAGUCGGUGCCGACCGUCAGAACGCUGCUUCGCCUGCUGACCUGCACGACGUCCCCGCCGCGGGGGAGCUGCGCCGUGCCCCAGAUAAUGGCACAGACCCUUCCCGCCUCACGCUAGGAGAGGAACAGCCUCAACCCCGCCCUGUCACCUCCAAAAACACCGUGCCCCGGAGACCGUGUGGCCCCGAUCUCGCCCCGCCCCACCACGCACCUUACUCUCACAUGCAUUGGAAAAAGUGUCUCAAACCCCGCGCUGGAACCUGCAGCUUCUGGAGACCCUGGUGA